AUGGAUCCUUCGUACAAUUCCUCCAAGCAGCAGCAGACCGUCCCUCCACUCAUGGGGUUGACGAUGCACGGCGCGCUCUAUUACUCAGACGCCCCCAACACUCCAGUCAAGCCUGAUAUCUCUGGCACAAUCGACAAAGGCUUCUUCCUGGCGGAAAACGAGUGGACGUGUUAUCGGCGGAAUUACUUCUCGUGUAUCUGCUCAUUUAACCUCCAGCAGCCGACACAUCCUCAGGCCACUCUACACUUCACACCAUCGGGGUCCACCCAGUCGUACCAAGUUGCUGGCUGGGCCAUGUGCAUUUCAGCAGUUGUCUCCGAGAACGAUGCCCACACGAUUGAGUUGGUGCAACACACUCCGAAGCGGGACAAAGGGCCGAUCUCCCCCCCGGAAAAGACCAGGCUAAACCCCAAGCCUCCCCAGACGGCGCACCAUCCACUUGGCCACUACGCGCAGACGGAAAUGGGGCUCGGAGGAUCAUCGAGGGCCUACGAGCAGUCUCUGUAUGGGCAGCCGCUGCCGCAUACCUCCCUUCACGCUUCGCUUCCGACGGAGCAUACCUUCGAAAGGAUCCAGUUCAAGCAGGCCACAGCAAACAAUGGGAAGCGCAGGGCAGCACAACAAUACUACCACCUAGUGGUCGAACUCUUUGCGGACAUUGGAUCCCAAGGCCAGGGAAACGACCAGUGGCUCAAAGUCGCGCACAGAAAGUCAGCCAAGAUGAUAGUCCGUGGAAGGUCGCCGGGACACUAUCAGUCCGAGCGAAGGGCGAGCACAAGCAGCGGCCCGGGUGGCUCGGCUGGCGGAAUGGGCGGCUACACCGGCGCUGGCUCAACCAUGAUUGGGGGCGGGUAUGGGGGACCAAAUGCGAACAUGCUUGGGGGCGCUUACGGGGCCGCUUACGACACACGGCCGGAACAUUACCGCACCCACCACGAAGCGAUUCCCAUGGAGCCCAUACUGAGCUCCGAAGAGUCGAAGGCGGUCCAUGAGCCAGAGAAGUACCAGUACUACCCCACAGCCAUCAUCGAGCCUCAGCACGAUCCUCGACAACCGGUCGAGAUGUUCCAUCAUACCUCUUCUACGCGGUCAUCGGACAAUCCCCUGAGAAUGGGAAGUGGAUUUGACCUCACUUCGAAGCUAUAUCCAGGGCCUUUGUUCUCUGACAGAGCUGGGGCCUGCGGACGAUACGAAGGGAAGUCGACCUCGCACGGCUACUACCCACAGAUGAUGCCGCCACCACCGUCGUCAACAGUUGGCCUUCACUGA